AUGAUAAAAACAGCAAACCAAAGUUAUGAAAAAUCGACAAAGGAAAUAGAAACUUUUAAUGGAGAGGAAGAUAAAAGCUUAAAGAUUUCUGUUAUGAGUCAGAAAAUCCCAGCCAUUAACGCCAUUAAUCAAACUCCUAAAUUGAAUUCAACAACUCAUUGCCAUUUAUUUCCAGCCUCCACUUCCCAUUCUCGUUACACGAAAAUGCAACAAAUUAACUCAAUGUCGGUUGGAGAGUUGUAA